AUGACCACCCUCUCCAACACAGUCUCCUACAUCCAAAACGACGUCUCCAUCCCCAUCACUGCAGGCGUCCUCGCUACACCCAUCGCUAUCGAUCAUAAUCGCUCGACGCUGGAUACUACGCAGUGUGCGACGUAUACGGAGAUUGUUUCGACGGAGGCGAGGCAUCCGUAUGUGAUUGGGACGCAGAUCAGGUUUAGUGUACUGGGGAAUGGGAAUGGGAAUGGGAAUGGAAGUGUGUCUGCGUUGGGGAUUGAGAAGGUGGAGACGGUGGUUACGGAGAAGGGGGAUUGGCUUUUUGAUCCGGUGGGGACGUUGAAGUAUGUUAGGUUGGAAGAGGUUGGUUGUUUGUUUUCUUUUUUCUCGUUUUCCUUCGUUUUUUUGUUUCUUUUCUUUGGAUUUAUAAGGCUAUUCUUUGGAGUAUCCCACAAACUUCUCAUCUAUAAUCCACCCCUCCUCCCUCCCCCCAACACACAAACUAACCCCCCUAUCCCUCCCCCAGGAAAAAUGGGGACGCAUCCCCCCCUCGAAACUCGACACCCGCGCAACCAUCCAAGCCGCCGCAGACGCCUACCUCGACCUCUUCAACGACAAGAGCGUGCAAGUCCCCUGGGGCACGCCCUGCGCGCGCCUCGAGGGCGGCAGCUACACGGGCAAGGGCAGUGCGAGUGAUAGCUGUAAUGUGGGGGUUCCCUCGGGUGUCAAGAUCACGAAUCGCAGGUAUGUGGUUGAUGAAAUACUUGGGGCCGUUGAUGUUAUGUGUACGUUUGCUAGUAGUGCGGAUACGCAUGAGUUUCGGGUUGAGGGGGGACGGUUGAGGUUUGUGCAUACUAUGACGGAUACUGGGAGGUGA